CAGUUUCUGUUUUCAGGAAGUGAAACUCACACAGUCGCUGUGACUGAGAGCAGAAAUGGAGCAGAAUCAGCCGGACCAAGAAACUCUCUCCUGUUCGAUCUGCCUGGAUCUACUGAAGGAUCCGGUGACGAUUCCCUGCGGACACAGCUACUGUAUGAACUGUAUUAACAGCUUCUGGGAUGAAGGUGAGCAGAAGAAGAACUAUCACUGUCCUCAAUGCAGAGAGACAUUCACACCAAGGCCUGUUUUAAAGAAGAGCACCAUGCUAGCAGCUUUAGUGGAGCAGCUGAAGAAGACUGGACUCCAAGCUGCUGCUGCUGAUCACUGCUAUGCUGGACCUGAAGAUGUGGCCUGUGAUUUCUGUACUGGGAGAAAACUGAAAGCCAUCAAGUCCUGUUUAAUCUGUCUGGCCUCUUACUGUGAGAAACACCUUCAGCCUCAUUAUGAUGUCCCUGGACUAAAGAGUCACAAGCUGGUGGAGCCGUCCAAGAACCUCCAGGAGAACAUCUGCUCUAAGCAUGAUGAGGUGAUGAAGAUGUUCUGCCGCACUGAUCAGAAGUUUAUUUGCUAUGUCUGCCCAGUGGAUGAACAUAAAGGUCAUGACACAGUGUCAGCUGCAGUAGAAAGGAUCGAGAGGCAGAGAGAGCUGGAGGAGAGACGAGGAAACAUCCAGCAGAGAAUCCAGGACAGAGAGAAAGAUGUGAAGCUGCUUCAACAGGAGGUGGAGGCCAUCAAUCACUCUGCUGAUAAAACAGUGGAGGACAGUGAGAAGAUCUUCACUGAGCUGAUCCGUCUCCUCCAGAAAAGAAGCUCUGAUGUGAAGCAGCAGAUCAGAUCCCAGCAGGAAACUGAAGUGAGUCGAGUCAAAGAUGUUCAGGAGAAGCUGGAGCAGGAGAUCACUGAGCUGAAGAGGAAAGACGCUGAGCUGGAGCAGCUCUCACACACAGAGGAUCACAACCAGUUUCUCCUCAACUACCCCUCACUGCCAGCACUCAGUGAGUCUACACACUCAUCCAGCAUCAACAUCCGUCCUCUGAGACACUUUGAGGACGUGGCAGCAGCUGUGUCAGAGCUCAGAGAUAAACUACAGGACGUCCUGAGAGACUCAUGGACAAACAUCUCACUGAUGGUCACUGAGGUGGAUGUUCUACUGUCAGAACCAGAACCAAAGAGCAGAGCUGGAUUCUUAAAAUAUUCAUGUGAAAUCACACUGGAUCCAAACACAGCUCACACACAACUGGCACUAUCAGAGGGAAACAGGAAGAUAGCAAAAAUGGGUCACCAUCUGAUUUUUUCCAGUCAUCCGGACAGAUUCACUCAUUAUACUUGUAUUCUGAGUAAAAAGAGUAUAACUGGACGUUGUUACUGGGAGGUGGAGUGGAGAGGGAGAGUUAUUGUAUCAGUCGCAUACAAGAAUAUCAGCAGAGCAGGAGGUGGGAAAGAAUGUGUAUUUGGAUGUAAUGACAAAUCUUGGGCUGUAGAUUGUAACUCAACCAGUUUUAGUUUUGGUCACAACAGCAUCUGGACCUCCAGAUCAGGUCCAGUUUCCUCCAGAGUGGGAGUGUACCUGGAUCACAGAGCAGGUAUUCUGUCCUUCUACAGCGUCUCUGAAUCCAUGACUCUGAUCCACAGAGUCCAGACCAGAUUCACUGAGCCGCUACAUGCUGGAGUUUUGGUUUGUAACAACGGUGACUCUGCUGUGUUCCACAAACCCAGUUAGAUUUUCUCUCUUUUGUCUGAUUGUUGAUCAGGAUUCAUUGUUCUGAUGUCUCUGCUCUGUUCUUUAUUUUUCUGGUUUAAAUAUCGUUCUCUGUGUGCUUUUUUUCUUUCAUUCUUGUAUGACAGAAAUAUUUCUCUACAUGAAAAUAUAAACUUUUCUGGGCCCUAAUGGUUUAGCUUUUAUGUUUGUAUUGAUUAAUUUUAUGUUCUAAUUUCUCUUCCUCUGCUCUGCAGAACAAAUGUUGUUCUUCCUUAAAUCAGUUGAGAUUGAAGUGAACUUUCUUCUGUUUUCUUUAUUGUGAUAAAAGAUGAAACUGAAACUAAUAUCACCUUUGAACUGACGCUGAUCAUUGCUUUUAAAUAAUUUUCAUUUAUAUUAAGAAAAUAAAUGUUUGCUGUUCUGUCUCUUUGACUUUCAUCAAUAAAAUAAAUUGUUUGUAGCAUAA